ACCCGACCAGGGCGUUUUGGGAAGAAUGACCAAUUUACCUUGCCUAGUCUGAGGAUGAAAUUAUUCCCAUUCUAUGCAUUCUAUGGCUGCCUAGUCUGCCAUUAUUCCCUCAGUCGAAAGCUGGGAGCUAGUACACUAGCAGGCGUAAGGUGUCUGCACGCUAGGUAGAGAACAUCGCAUUAGAGGCUAGCAAAAGAUAAGGGUAGCAAACUCUCCUCUCUUCCUCCCUUGGUUUCACCUUGGCCUUCCUUGCGCCGGCGUAGCUUACUGCUGAGAUUCUCGUACCUGCCAUUUCCCGUGUCUUACCUUGCUUGUGGGAGCUUGGAUUUAAUCUUUCGAGCUGCGUUGUGGAGCGAGGCCAUGGGUGGAGGGAAAUGGCCGCGCGUGGGUGAAGAAGGCGUGGAGGGCGCGUGGGAAUUGGUGGGCUCGCCAGCGUCUGUAUCGGACGGUGAAGUAUCGGACACGGAGCAAGCGGAGCAGUCGGAGCAAUCGGAACAGUCGGAGAAAUCGGAGCAACCGGAGCAAUCUGGCGCUGAACAGUUGGAUUUAGCGUGUGCUGUCUGCGCUGGAGGGGGUGUUGACGUCGAGUCUUCUUCGGCUGACGUCGAAUUCUUGCCUGCUGACGCCGAAUCCUCUCCUUCUGACGUCGAAUUCGUUACCCCGUUGACCGAUUCGGAACCGGCGUCUCGAGAACGCUCUACUUUGCCAGUUUCUUCUCUUCAUGACGUUAUCCAGACGGCUGAACUGACGGCUGAUGCUGAGCAGACGGCUGAACUAACGGCUGAACUGACUGCGGAUGCUGAACUAACGGCUGAAUUGACAGCUGAACUGACGGCCGAUGCAGAGCAAUCAGGUGAACUGACGGCGGAUGCAGAGCAGUUAAGUGAACUGACGGCUGGUGAAGAAGUGGUUGCUCUUCUGGCUGAAGCAAGCGCAUCAGCCUUAGCUUCCCUGGAGUCCGUGCCUAAUGUCCCCGCGCUGGUUGCUGAUGCUCCUGCUGCCGCUUCCGAUGCACAUGUUGCAGGUUCUGCCGGCUCUACUGCUUUGAAUGCUUCUGAUGCUUCUGAUGCUCCGGAUGCUCUAAAUGCUUCUGAUGCUGUCGAUGCACCUGAUGCAAAGGACGGUCAGCCAGUUGUUAAGCCCCAAGACGACCGUGAAGCGGAAGCGAAGGGGAGCGAGGGCACGGGAAACCAGGGCGGACAGGAAGAGGGGAGCGAGAGUGACCACGGGAUUGAGAGCGACGUCGUGCUGGGUGCUGGCGGGCGUGGGGAGGAGGAGAAGGGUGCUGUGCUCCUGGUAGAGGCUGAUCUGUCCGCUGCUACUGCUGCUGCUGUGGAAUAUCAAUGGCUCACAACUUUCGGUGCUGCUGCUGCUGAUUCCGGCGAUUCUUCCACCCCUCCUGCUGCUGCCGGUAGCACUCAGGCGAAGCUGGCGUGGCGCCUGGCAGGCGCUUUGUCCCAAGCGGCAGGUGCAGGGAAGGCAGGUGCGCUGGCGGAUUUGGCAGUUGUGACACGUGCGGCUGACGUCGCGCCAUCGACAUAUGAUGCUGCUGCUACAGCUGGUGCUGGUCUUUGCCCCUCUGAUACCAGCCCCCUGCACCUGCUGAGGCCAGCGUUUGCCGGUUCUCCUUGCGUUCUAUCCGCGUUACAAGUGGGCGCCCCAGCGUUACAGGGUAACACUAGCCACGGCACGUGUGCAGGAAAGGGAGCAGACGCAGUUGAACCGUCCCCAGGUGGCACCUCCUUGCCGCUGCUUGUGCCGUUCACCCCAACGUUCUCUGCUGCUCCCGCCAAGGCUGAAGGGGAAGCAGGGGUUUUUGCACCACUGCUGGUUGACUUACUCUGCUCUGGGCUCAAAGCACUGCCAGCGGCUGCGGCUUCUGAUUCUGCGGCCGCUGCUGCUGCUGCUGCUGGUGCCGAAGUCAGCUGCGAAUCAGCUGCCGACAGCUCAUCUGCUGCUGUGUCUGCUGCCGUCUUGGUGCUCUCUGUGACCGACCUGAACGCACUCCGACUGCUCUGUGAAGGGGACGGCAUGGGCGAGGAGGGGUGGGAGAAGGGUGCCGAGCUUCUGAAGCAGCUGCGGGCACUGUUUGACCCUCUGCGCCUCGCCUUUCGAAACUCCCAGGGAGUGCCCAUCGCUCUUCUCAACACCCACUCCCUCUCACCCAAUACCCUCGCCCACUGCCGCUCCUUCCUUCUCUCCUCCCUGCACCUCCCCCCAUCCUGGCCCAUCUUCUCCAUCCCCUCUCUGUUGAAACCACCUGGCGCGCCUGCCAAUGCACCUGAGUCCGGAGAAUCACCUGAGUUGGAAGGCGCUGCUGCACUGCUUAUCUCGGUGGUACACCUCUCGAGACUCUCAGCAGCGGUGUGUGGAGGAGGGGGUAGGAGCAAAGGAGGGGUGAUUGGAGCCGGUGCAAGCAGGUCAAGUAAUUUCAGCCAGGCAAGCGAGUCAGAGGAGUGCAACAAGUGGGCGGCUCUCUGGCAGGCUGCAGAUUCCCUCUCCUCAGGCCGACUCUCCCACUGCGUCUCCACCGUCAUUCCCCACCUGCACCAGCUCUACCUCCCCUUCCAACCCCACCUUCACCAGUUGAACCUUCAACUCCACCGCCGCUUCCCCUCUCUCCACCAACAGCUCUCCUCUUAUUACCACAGCCCGCGCAAGCUCGUUCUCCCCCUCUCCCUCCUCCUCCUCGCUCUCCUCCUCAUCUCCUUCCUCCUCUCAGGUCUCCUCCUCCUUGUCCUUCGCUCCUGGAUCCACCACGGGGCUCCCUUCCCGUUCACUAUGGACCUCCACCUGUCGCCACUUCUUGAUCUGGUUUCUGCUGCAUGUGGCUGUAAUGCUCCUGGUGCUGGUGCUGGUGCUGGUGCUGGUGCUGCUGGUGAUGGUUCCUGCAAUACAGGGCCUUAUUUCGGGCCGUACAAUCAUGAGGCGAGGGGAUGGUGGAACUGGUGGGGACCCUCGUCCCACCACCACCACCACCGGCAGCACUACUACUACCGCACUAGAUGGACUCCGGCACGGGACUGAUUGGGCUUCAGCACCUGAUUGGAUGGCUUUGAAGGGGUUUCUGGAUAGCCCGCAUUUGACCAUCCGCCCACCACUGCCACCACUGCCAGCUCUACUGCAACCGCACUGGAUGGCCCACUGCAUGGGAUGAAGCCCUCUGUGCCUUUUGCCUCGUGACAAUACCUAGCUAGCUCUCAUCCCACCCUAACCUCCGCCCAUCCAUCCGGGACCCGUCCAUCCAUCCGUCCAUCCAUCCGGGACCCGUCCAUCCAUCCGUCCAUCCAUCCGUGACCUGUCCAUCCAUCCAUCCACCAUCUCCACCAUGGCUAGCAAGACCCCCAUGACCACCAUCAUCAUCACUACUAUGGCGGAACUAUAUGGGUCCCUUUAGAUUGAUUGGCUAGGUGCUUAGUGCUGUACAGAAGGGGUCCUGCCUAGCACCAUCUGCCCACCGCCGCUGCCAGCAGCACUGUUUCCGUGCUUCGGUAGAGCCGGACUGAGUGGGGCUUUGCUGGGAGUGAAUGGUUUUCUUGAGAGUACGGCAGGUAACAUUUGGGGGGCUGGUGGGAGAAGGUGGCUCAUGGUCCGAGGGAGACAGAGUUUGUACAUUUUUAGAGGUCCCCUUCGGAUGGUACUAGGACUUUCGUGGUGGAAGUUGUAUAUAAUCUUGAACAUUGGUGUUCUAUGGGCGUAUGGGAGUCUAUCAAGGAAACUGAGUUGUAUAGGUUGGCAUGCAUGUAGGAGACUACACGUUUGGUUUGCUAGCAGAUAAAUGUUGAACUAGUUC